UGCCUCACCCUGUAUAUAGCACAUUACCGUCUAGAUAGGUACGGUCUAACAUAAUAUAAUAGAUGCACGAUAGCAACAGGCAGUUGCCGCCCUCUCGCGAUCAACGCUUCAGUAGGACGCUGUUGAUGACGAAUAUAUUAUAUACCUGUGUCAUAAAAUUUUUCAUAUUUACACUUUGCAUUGUAAUAUCUCCACUUGUACAAGCAAAAAUAAAAAUAAUUUUCUGAUGUACAGUGAACAUCAGCUAUCGAUUGAGUCUAAUCGCGAAGUUAAUCCAUUCAGCCGUUACUGAAAUCCGAUAAUCGAGGGUGUGCUCAACUAAUUGCUUCGCGUGUAUGUACAUAGGCGGUUUCGCCGUUCGUAUGUCGCUUUGCUCAUGCACUCGUUGCAAGACAUGUCUCUUGAUGAUAAUGUGAGAAAGAUUCUCAGAUUAUUUCCGGUGAACUUAUUACCAGCCUUUCAACUUGUUGCUACGAAAUAAGCGUUGAUCAUAAAAUGAACUAAUGAGCAUUUUACGAGACAUUUUAAUACAAUAAAAAAAAGAAUCCGUUCAAGCUCUCUGAAUCGUAAGAGAGAUAUCAGAAUUCUCCACGAGUACGUUUCUUCCAUCCAACUAAAAUAAAUGGAAUAAAAGUGUUUCAUGGGUUACUUCGUUACGACCGUGCGAAUAAAACUCUAGGCAUUGUUAUCGUAUCCUGCCAGAGUGGAAAUUAAAUUCUCGCGAAACAACAGCUAAACUUCCUAGGAAAGUUUCAUCCGUAAUCUCUAAUGAACUUUUCAGUAUUUUUCGUUUUUUUAAUGGCUUUGUUAUUAGGAAACUAAGGGAAGUAACAUACGACAAUAGUUAAACGAUAAUGGAUAAAAGACAGAGUUGGAUUACAAGUUUAUCUAUAACGAAAUCAUUGCGCGUAUAAUAUUAACACUUAAAGAAGCUACUAUAUAAAUAUGUUAUUAAAAUUUAUGUACUUACAUGUAUAUUAUUUUUGCUAAAAAUAAUACAGAUUUUCCAUUCAACCCAAUAUUACACAUUAAAUAAAUAUAGAAAUUGACAUUGAAUAUUAUCGAAAGGCUUGUAUCUGUUCCUCAAUUAUUUUUUCUGCUUCAAAUGGCUUUUUUGACAAAGGAGGCUUUUUUAAGGAGACAGAACAAACACAUAAAGAAAUAUUCAAUAUGUUCAUAGUUUACUGAAAACAUCUUUUGUAUGGAUGUGCUCCGCGACGAAACUUGGCUCCGGAAGUACGAAUUUCCGGUGACUCCAACACGCCAAGUAAUAGAGAGUAAAACCUUUCACCAAUAUAGGAUGAUUGAAGCAAUUUAUGUCAAAGCGCCUUCUCAUACAUACUAGGGUGGAUACGUAUGCUAUAUUUAUAAAAUUGUUUCUUGCGUUAUCGCUUUGGACUCCUCUUAAAAUCGUUCCAUUUGGAGAAGUAUGAAAUCGUACCAACUGUAAACUCAGUCGGAUAACGGAAACACAUGACACAAUCCUGCUAAAGGUGAAACAAAUAAUAUUUUUCACGAAAAGUGGAAAAAUGCGAUAAAAAGAAUAAAAAUUAAAUAUUUUUAUUUGUACAUGUUGACCAUUAUGUUUACUAGAAAACGCACAUGAGGAAAAUAAAGAAGUGAAAAUACUCUGUGAAUGUAAUUUUAUAAAUCCUUGGUAAGAGUAGAUGUCUUCAGUAGAUUGCUUCCUCUUCUCAUUUCUCGACAAAACUUGAUUAAAAUCAUACAUAAGCUUAACUUCUCCUCCUGUUGUGUCAUUUACGACUUUUAGCGUUUAAAACUUUCCAUCCCGAUUUGAAAACCAAUUUCAUUUACCCACACAGUAAGAUCUUUCUCGAGAUCCAUCUAUUGAAUAUUGUUCGAAGAAACGAUUUGAUUAUUAUGGUAAUGCUCAAUUCCACAGUUCAAAUAAUUUGGAACAUUUUUUGCAUUUAUUCGUAGUCUUUUUAUCGAUUCAUCGGAUAAUAGAAUGCUAUCAUUUCAAUGAUUUUACCAUUCUUUUAUUUGUUUCAAUUGUAAUGUGUCUGUCAAAACAUCCCAGCGCUGUUGUUUCUGGUAUCAAAUACAUUAAUAAUCGUGAAAUUGCGACAUUACUUGUGUAAUGUAACACGGCUUAUGUUUUUAUCAUUUUUACGAUAAAGAUCUUUUAAAAACUGAGAAAUCUUGAGAGGAAGCUUUUACUUCAAUUGCAACUUGGAUCCAUGCUUUUACGUACAAAAUAAGGAGAAAUACGCAAACGUCUCAGAGUCCAACAUUUUCUUUGGUCGUAAUAUUGAACUCGUCUCGAAAUAAAAACAUUUUGAAACAGUAAAUGGCCAUUGAGCAUGGUGAAAAGCUCCUGGAGCUCGAAAAGGCAUACCACCUAGAAAAUACAACCACGAGUUUGAGUAAUUCUUGGUGAUCUUUUCGAUUAUUGUUCCUUUUCUAACGUUAUUAACAUAAAUUGAAGCAGUUUCAUUCUCCUAAGAGUCGUACCUGAUCAUGUUGAAUUCUGGGUUUAAAGUUUGAUUUGUUUAUCAAUAAUAAGAAUUAUAUAAAGAUAUAGAAAUUACGUAUUUAAAUUACAAAAAAAGUUCUCAAAAUAUCCUGCGCUUCACUUCUGACAAUAUUUUAAUCGUUUUUAAGCAUCCUUUAAUAUCCUUUGCGUGGAUCAUUCAUUUUCAUCUGGCCUAAUCAGAAAAGCAGACAAGUUGACUUCUACGAGAUAGUAUGUCAUUGCUGCAGGAUUCCCAUAAGGUUCUGUCUCUCCCUUCUCUUUCUUCCACUCCCUCCCUCCUCUCUCUUACUCACUCACUCUGUUUCUCUUGGGAACUAUGCACAUGUUGACCAGUUGGAGGGGAUUCAGACGCAGCAGCUGGUUGCUUGCUGUGGAACAGAUUGGGAGAAUCGCGUUCGCAUAUGUACCCAUCAGUAAUGCUACAUCGGUGGUAUUCAAAGCCUACAGGGAACGUUACAUUGCCAGAAUUGUGACACGUUCGCAUGAUUUUCGUAUACUAAGUUCACGCGUACUUGUGUAUAGAAAACAUCGACAAGGAAAGAAUGGCGCUGUGAAAGUGCCGUGCGUCGAUUUUUCAUAGCCGUCAUACUUGAAAGAUCCGUCUCUCCGACUCCGGCUGGAGCGCAGCAACGGCGUGCAUAGCAGCGACGGUUGGAAAAUGUGAGCGCGCACGUGACAACGCGUAUCGUAGCGAGCCGUGCACGUUUCGUCUCGACCGUCGAUAAACCAAAAUCUUCAAAUAUCUAUUUCCGUUUUACGCGCAACGUAUCCUCACUUGUAUCGUCUAUAUGGGCGUUUCAUUUCAACUCCAUUGUGUACACGUACGGGACAAAAUUCAACGAUUUAUAUGAAAAUUUCGUUCUUCGAAGCAACGUGCCUACGAUAAAAACAUAAAGAGGUAUCACCAAUCAGCAGCGAAAAACGCAAAGGGAUCACGAAUUUCCAAACGGCAUCUCCAAGUAACAGCGAUAAUUAAUACUGAUGUAGAAAAUAUAACUUCCAAAUUAUAUCGAUGAAUAUCCAUCGGGAAGCAGCUUACCGCGAUGUUCCUUGAACGAAAAACUCAUGAGGCAUGCAAAACUCACGGGCACGAUGACGACGUCGUUUUCGUGCAUGGAGAUGUCAUUGUGAUUUCCGAUGUGGUACGCAUAGAAACGAUCACGUCGAAUGGAAUCUACUCUGUGAUAGGUAGUUGCAUAGGCACCCGUAUGCCCGGCGAGCUUGCCUUCCUCAGAGACACGAGUGGGAUUCUAGCGUGACUUUAAUCCCGAUCGACAUGCCAUCGAUGGCAUUCGAACGGAGAACGGACCCACACACGUGUUAUUGCGAGAUUGAUGUAACUGUGCGAAAGCGUUACACAGCCAUAAUAAACGACACAGUAGAAAUUUCCGAGGAUCCACGACGGCAACGACGAUUGCUUAAGGUCUCGCUCGAGAUGGCAAGGUAAAUUGCGCCACCUCCAUCCGCUCGAUUUCUCCACGUGAUGUUUACACAGGGUCUUUUUCUACACAAACUAUAUAAGUUACCGAACUGUAUACAUCUGAGAGCAUAUUCCUGCGACUGUGUAAGUCCUGUGUAAGAAAAAUUCCGUAACUAGGUCCGAAAUGACAUAAAUAAGGAUCGGAACUCGGUCAGUUAUGCAUAGAUAUGUGUCCACCGACGCGUACAGAUGCAAAUAUCUAAGAAACUUGACGUGACUCUUCUUUCCGAAAAGGAAAUUUUAUCGGGACUAGGAUCGAUAACGAGAACAACGUUCUAAAAAAAGAAAUAACAGCGCCGUAACGGAAAAGAAGUGAGUUGAGAAUUAGUCACAAAUUAAGAGGAAAACUUCAGUCCAAAGUAAUAACAAUUGUGCAACUUGCGGAAAUAUAAGAGUAUAGAAAAACAAGCAAAAGGAAAAGCAUCAAAAGAGAGAGGUGUUGUCAGAAUAAUUAAUACGAUAAUUGUCGAAAAAGAAAACGUCCAAUAGUUGCGGACAUUCAUUCCGCCCUCUCUAUUUUAUCUCAUAUUAUUUUGAAUUGUAUUCUUCCGUACGUGCCCCUUCGAUUUGAAUUUAAAAUAUGAUGCUCAUCGGGAAUGUCAAAGGAUGCACUUCCUCAAAUCGAAUCGAAUCCUAACAAUUUACUCUGGAAACCAAUGAGCUGCAACUGCUCUUUUCAAUUGAUGCAGUCACGCUUAAAUCUUUAUUGCUUUUGCUUUCGCAAGAAGCAAACUGGCACGGCCCACAUACAAGUACUUUAAUCGAUCACUGUUCUGUGACGAAUACUUAUGAAUUUUCUAACAGAGAGAGCUGCGGUUGUUAUUGUCAGAAUCUUGAGUAAAUGUUUCAAUCACAAUUGUUUGUAUCUCCGAUAUACAUAGAUAUGAAAUAUUGUUUUCUUCGACAUCAUUGCCAAAAUUAUCAAUGAAAUGAUAAUUUGGAUCGAUAAUCUUCUUCAACAUUAUUAUAGUUAUUUAUAAGAAGGAGAGAAGGAAUAGAAAGAUGGUGUGUAUAUAUAUAUAUAACAUUUGAUGCGCACACAUCGUAGUCGGGAACAAAUGUCAAAUGGAAAUGUCUGUGCGCUAUGUACGUCGAUGUUUGAUGAUGAUCAGACUACAGGCGAUCUUGUCAUUGAUCUUGGAGCAUACACUUCACCGUCAUCAAGAUCUUAACGACUAGCGGACGACAGCAAUAAAUUUGAUUGGACUGGCAAAUUGUCGGUCGCUCCGAGGAGGAACAAGCGACGAGUUCGGAAUAACCACUUCUUCGUAAUAGCCAAUUGUCGCGCGACGGAAUUGUCCAAGUGUGAGUGCGUGUCCUAAGUAAACAAUAAAAUCGUUUCAGAGACUACAGUUCGCGUCGUGUCAUCGUUCUAUCGUGACGGAAUCCACGCUAAAUCCCUUUCAUCGUUAGCUGCUUUUUCGCUUCGUAUAAAUAUUUAAUAGUUUUGUCGCCUCGAGAGACAAGUGAACAUCAUGUUCCGCUAGUCAGAGCCGACUCGAAUAGAAGACUCGAUUUAUGCAUUUACAUCAAGCUAAUCAGCAUUUUAGAAGUUUAUAACUAACAAUAAGCCUUCAAGCGUAAUUUGCGUCUUGCGCUCCGAGAGGAAAGCCUGAGCGCCAAGAGGGAAUAAGUCAAUGAACUUUUCCAGCUUUAUUUAGCCAAAGAAUUAUAUUACAGUUUUAUAAAGUCUCACAACUUCGAAGCUUUAUUCUACCAAAGAGAGUCAAAGCAUUCUUUAUUUUAUCGCUGACAGCGAUAAUAUACUGCCAUUGGUAAUUUAUAAAAGAAGCAAUAAUCCGAAGAAUCGAUCUUGUCGCGUCUAGAAUACUCGAAAAUCAAGAUUCUUAAAAGGAUUAGAGAUCUCAAUAGGAUUUCGAGAUAUAUCAAGUGGCACUAUAGUACAAUCUCCAAAUGAAAUUUCGCAAGUCCUCGUCCAGUCCGAAAAUGGAAUUACUCUCAAGACAUCCCUCAGAUGGGAGGAUGUCGAUCUUGAAAAGGUCGAAAUCCUUCCGAGCAUCCAUGAAACUGAUGUCAAAGAUACGCAGUCACGCGAAUCUGCGAUUGCCCACUGGUUUCGAUCUCUCGCCCGUCUCGGAGAACUGUACCGUCAAAAAAAGAGAGCGUAAUCGCCAUGUCCUCGAAGAAUCUCAAGACAAGAGAUCAUCGAAUCCGCAAAACGAUCCCGAAGAUCCGAGUUCACGCAUCGAGGAUAACGUUAGUGACAAGACAUCCUCGAGUCUUGGAAAGAUUUCUUUGUCAGCGAAUGAUGUUGAUUCACAAGAGAUCACGAAAGAUUUCAAGAGCAAACUAUCCCUUACUGAUCAAAUAAUCAGUACGGACGGCAAAAAUGUGGAAAGUCCCGCGACAAAGGAUGAAGAUGCGAAAUCACCAAAGCUCAUUGACAUUUUUCGCAAGAAAUACACCGUAGAGAACUCGUAUCCUCAAGGGAAGGAACCAAACAAACAUAUCUUCUACGAGAAUCCAACAUUCGUAUUGGACAGUUCCUUCGACUCCUCUGUUUCUAGUUUCCUCUUUGAGACUGAACAAGAAGAGGAGGAGCAACGACGAGAUUGCGAAAGCAAGUAUACAGAGUCCCACGAGUGCAAGGUUCUGACCGUUGUCGUGGAUUCCCAUAAAGCUGCAACUAACCAGCAACUUUAUUGCAAGCGAGAUGAGCACGAGGACAAAGAUUGUCUCAAAAACGAAAGUACGAAGAACGCGUUCCCUCCUAGAUGCGAAACAAGCAGCGAAGACUCGCAGGCAAGCGUGACGACCGAGAGCCGAAGAACUGCCGAGUCGUUUGCCGGAUUUGAUCGCUCAAAGAUAAAACUUUAUUGUAAGAUACACGAAACGGAAACGCGGAACGUGUUAAACCGUUUGCAAGAUGAAAGAUUUCUCGACAAUAUCAAGACCUAUCCUUCCAUGUCCUGUAAAAUCAGGACAGUUGACAUCACCAACUUUUGGACGAGUAAACGUGGUAGUAGUUUUCGAAAUAAGAUGGCAGCCAGUAGAAAAAGAGACGCAAAGGAAGCGAAGGAUUACAAGCGGGUCGGUCAGGAGCAAGUUCUCGUGUCGACGUCGUCGGGAUCAAAGUUACACUCAUUACAAGGGAUGGAGUUUCUAGAAGGUUUUGGCAAGAAGAAACAACAGCCCCAUCAACAACUAAAUAACGUGUCAUCGAUACACGUCAGUCCUCUCUCGGCCCAAUCUCUCAAUAUACACUUGCAUGCUCUAUUUGCGGCUGUGGAACAUGGUCACGUCGAUAAAGCGCGAACCAUUUUGGAAUCUACCGAUGUGGACGUAAAUAGUGUUAACAGCGACGGCUUGUCACUAUUAGAUGUUGCUGUGCUUAGCAACAACAGACCACUGGCAAAAAUGUUGGUUGCGUUCGGUGCGCAGGAAGGGAAUCAAUUUAAAUCUCCGGAAUCUCUCGGAAGUCAUUUAGCAUCGUUGCUCUCGGAAGCGGAACACAGAGUACAAGAACUCGGCGGCAGUAUUUCUGGCAGCAGUGGGACCACUCUGCUGGAACCACCAAGCAGUCAUAGAGCAAGUUUUUCCACGCAACACAAUAAUCUCACGGGAUGCAGCGGUAACACAGAGGACAAGCAGCUCACCUUAUGGGAAAGAAGAGCCCGAGCCCUCAGAAAGAUGUUACUGGGUUUUGACCAAGCACGACCACCCGACAUACCCUUCCUGGUUGCAGUUGACGUUACCGGUACAACUUCGAUAACGAUCAGAUUUCAAGAACCAGACUCGCACGACUCUCCAAUCUGCACCAAGUUUAAAGUUCAGUGGAGUUUACACGAUGACUUCUCAACGAUUUGUGGCGAGAAGGAGGUUCUGGACAUGAAGCAAAGGGAGUGUCAAAUAGAAGGUCUAACGCAAGGGCAAAAGUAUCACUUUCGUGCUGCUGCUGGAAAUUUGAAGGGUUUCAGUAGAUUUAGGAAUUCGACACCCGCACAUGUUACACCUAGUAGUUGGAGAGACAUAGAUGGCAGAGUACCAAGAUUUGCGGGACGCUUGGAACAAUUAAACACGCUAUUCACCGAUAUAAGGCGACCGGAGUACACGCAGGAGACACCUGCAGUACAAAGGCGAAAUCCGAAGAAAAAGACAACGAUAAAACAACUGUUUACGGCGACGAGUAAAUUCCAAAAAAAUCUUAGGCGAGGCGUGUUCCUCGCGUGCCUACUUUACCACGAGGAUAAGGUGCUCGUUACCAAUGAGGAUUUCUUACCGGUGAUCGAAAUCGACGAAACGUAUCCUAGCUGCAUCUACAACGAUUUUCAUUGGCUGAUGAAGGUUGCUUGCACUUGGGACGACGUUAAAUCCCUUCGACAAGAUAUGGAAAAAAGUCACAGCAGUUCAACCAAUCAUUUUAGGAUAAAACUGCUUCAAGCUGCUGCUCAAAUGCAGGCUGCAUUGUGCAUACAAGAUCUCGGACAGUUAUAUCACAAACCGAUUAGAGACAUCCAAGGCACUUUAGUGUUGUCGACGGUAAAUUAUAUAAAAUCGCCGAAACUGGUUUCUGUAUUGAACAGUAGAUGGUUGCCACUCAGUAAGAUAAUAAAGAAAGUCAUAACACACGAGGAUAGUAAUGUCGCUGAUAUCUUGAUGGCCAGCAUACAAGAGCAAAUGACAUAUCAUCAAGUCAGUAAUAUCAAACUGUCUAAAGGCUUAUAUCUCGGUUACUUGAAAAUGCAAAGCAGCGUCGAUCUCAUACAAGUUGUUGUCCCGACCAAGUCUCCGAAUGUAUUGCCACACUGCAAGAUUCGCGAUAAUCCACACGUUUCCGCGGAGGAGUGGGAUUACCUAAAGAGAGUAACACAUAUCUGCACGUCUGAAUUUUCCGCAAAGGAGUCUGAAGAGAAGGAGAAUGUAACGAACGAAGCUCAGGGGACGGAACAGCAGAAACUGUUCGUUGAUUUGGUAGCUGCGACGGCGCGACGACUGUUCAAUUACAUGGAGAUUAGUCUGGAGGAUUCGCUGGUACAUCGGCUUUAUGACGCCGAAGUGAUCGAUUUGACACACGACGUAUCAUUCCUAAUCACUGUGCCACCCGCCGAAACUGCUUGCUGCGUGCCCGGUACACGGGAGAUCCUGCUGCAACGUGGCGAUCUGCUAUCGCUGCCGAUCCAGGUCUUCGAAAUGGUGCAUUUAAAUACCUAUCAGAAGGACGUAAUUAAUCGUUAUUCAAGACUCAGCUGCAUCCUAGAACUUGACACGGCGCAAGCUCAGCAUAAUCACAGGGAAGCAUUCAGCUCUUUAGAGUUAAGUGUCGCUAAGGACAAACUAGCGAGAUUGCAGGACCUGCAAACGCAAGUGAACACGGUAUGGAAAGGCGCUAGAUGGCUGAUUGACGUUAUAACUUUCGCAAGAGAUCGCAGCUCCUCCCAACAGAGUACCGGCAUAUUUAUAAAGCAUCUGCUUAGUCUGGACAGGAACAAAAAUAGUAACAGCAGUAAUAGUCUGAAGCGAAGUCUAUUACAAUUGCCGUCUAGGGAUCCCAAGCUCGUGAAAUCGAGUCCCGGCCGAGGCAGUUGGCCGGGACCGAAUCUCUCCAAUUCAUCCUCCAAUCUUCUCACGACGGAAUUCAGCAAGAGUGAGCAACAACUGCCUAGCGGACAAUACGUACGCAAGGGUAGUAAUACUUCUAACGCAUCCACCGGUUCGGAGCAGCAAAAGUCAUCUUGCGCACCGAUGAGUAGCAAUAGCAAUUUAAGCAAUCUCACGACCACCAGCAGCACUAACCAUUUGGUACCGAUGCAAAACACGAGGUUACCACCCUCCAAAUCCGAAGACACUCUAAUUCUCGCCAGGUAUAAGCACAGUCCGCGAAAUCGAUCCGCCACGAUAACGUCGGCAUCGGCUAGCACGAGUCCGUUACUGAGUAUCAAGCCCAUCAUCUACGGCGGCUCGCUCUUGAGUGUAUCCACAGCGAUGACCAACACCACGAGCCUGCUCAGCGUGAGCAACACGAACUCGGACAGCUUGCACUCUUUGAGUAGCGACGAAUACGCUACGCCGAAUUCGAGUGUCUGUUUGAAACCGACCGGUCAUCCAAUCAAAGUGAAAGCGUUUAAACCGACCGCGAGCGUUGCGGCGAUGGCCACCGUUUCGCAGGAUAACCAACUCGACGAAGAAAAAGAAGAGGCGAAAAUGAUGCCAGCACCACUACCAGGCAUUCUUCAGGUUUACGCGGCUUACGAAACUGGUUUGGCAGCUGGCACGAGUUUAAAGCUACACGUAACACCAAGGACCACGGCACGGGAGGUCGUGGAUCUCGUCGUUAAACAGCUGAACAUGGCUGUAGGUCUAAAAGGUCAGAAGGGGCCUACUUACACGGCCGAAGAGUUACCGAACUUUUGUUUAGUUGCCGUAAUUGGUGCGCGGGAGCGAUGCUUAAGGGACGAUUUUAAGCCCCUUCAAUUGCAGAACCCGUGGAAAAAGGGACGACUGUACGUUAGGCAAAAGCAGGAUGUUCUUGCUGCCCUCGAACACAGUAGCAAGCACACCGCGUACUUGUAGCACAAGUAAAACAGUGGAUAACCAUCCAUUACUUUUACUGUUAUAAAUGAAUUUCAGUACAUUCCACAUGCGUAAACGUAACAUCCCUUGGUAACAAGUAGUGCAUGCGUGAUAUUUCGCAUAAAGUGACAUGGUCGUACUUCGUACAUCUUCGACGAUAAAAUUAUAUCGAUAUCGAUAUUGUCGAUAAAAUGAGAUAUUUCAGUACACAGCGCUUUUCUCGAAAAAAAAAAGAAAAUCUAUUUGAUUACCUUAGAAGCAAAUAUAUUUUUAUCUUAAGUUCACUCUCAAUUUAUAUAUCGUUUAAUGUGUUCUGGUCACUUUGUAUGAAAGAUAAGCCGUAUGCCUAUAACUUUAUAUUAUUCGCGGAGAAGAGUAUUUGGCCUCUUGAAUGACAUAAAUGACAUUAGCCAUUAGCAAUAAGUUUAAUCAGCCUUCUGAAGAUCGCUUAUUAUAAAAUAUAUGAAUUUUGUACUCUUUAUAAGCGAAAUAUCCUUUUCAAGAAAACUAAUCUUUUACAUUUACGGGAUUACAUUUUAAUUUAUUUUUGUUAUCAUAUAGAUAAAACAAAAUCUAUCAACUAGAUUCAAUUAGAUGACGCCCAAUUUUAGUCACUGAAAUGUAGAGAAAAAAGACAAAAAUCUAAUUAAGUAAAAUUAAUAUUGUUUCGCGGGCGUUUAAUUAUAGUUAUAGUAUAAUAGUUUGGCGUUUAGACGCCAAAAUCGCAACCUAGAUUACAUCGAGGAAUCAGCACGAGUGUGAUGAGCAUUCCCGUGGCUGAUAAAUAGGAAAUUCUCCUGUUUUAGACAAUGUGUACAUUCCGAAAUAAAAAUCGCGAAUUUACGCAAGAUCCAUGAUAUUCUUCAAAUGUUAGCUAGUUCGUAAAACGAAUAAUAUUGGAGACAUAGUGUCAUAUGUUAUGUAUCGAUCUCAAUAUUUUAUUCGAUAUCUAUAUUAUCAGGUAUAUAUGCAAGUAAGCUGCUUGAGAGAUUUUAUUAGUUCUUACAUCAGGUAAAAGAAAAAAAUAUUUGGACACUUUGAAUCGGUAAUAAUAAUUUUUAAAGUUAAUGAAAGUUUUAUACCAUCAAAGUUAUAAAAUAUCUGUAAAAAAGCACUGUACACAAACUCUCUGUUUUAAUAUGACCAGAUUAUUAUGAUAUUGUACAUGAUACUUUUUCUGCUUGAUUAGAUCCAUGUUACCAGGUUCCAAAAAAGGAAAUAAAAUGAUUUCAAUUGCGUUUUUUUAUGCGUGCUAAUCGGGCUUAAUAUAUUCUUCUCAAAGUGUUGGGUUAGUCAAAAAGUUUGAUUCGAUUUUUGCGUCAAAUUUAACUUUAUUGCAUUCAGUAGAAACAAAGUAUUUAUCAAUCAAGUAAUCUAUGGUCGUAGACGAUGAUAGUGGUUACUUGGUUGAUGAAUAAUUUAUUUCUAAUGAAUGCAAUAAAGUAAAGUUUGUCGCAAAACUCGAACCGAACUUUUUGACCGAUCCAAUAUCGAAAACAGAAUAAUACACAGAAGUUCCUAAAGUCUGGUAAGAGCAUUGUCUUCAGGCGAUUUGAGAAGAAAAAAAAGAUAUAUUUUUAGGAAAUUGUAAUUAAUUUUGAGAAAACAUACACAUCUUGUUGAUAAAAACAAGACAAGUAAGAAAAGAAUAUAAAAUAGUUAAGAGAUUAGUCUAUUAGUUUAAGAGUUUAAUUGGAGAAUGUCCUGAAUCUAAAGCGGCAGGUAACGUCUGAACCAGUUUUACAGUUAGUUAUUAGCAUAGUUAAGACGAAGAGGCUUAUAGACUGUUGUACAUAAUAGAACAAAGUAUUAUUAAUGCUACUAUUAUUUCAGAGUAAGUAAUAAACAAGUUCUAUUUUCGUUUAUCAUUUUAACUUAUGUAACUCUUGUUUUAUUCAACGCUAUGACUCAUAUACGAACCCUAUUUGUUUCAUUUCAAUCAUUCUACAACUGGAUAGGUUUUGUAUUUUAAUAAAACCGCAUAGUGAGAAAGAAUUCCAACAUAUAAGGGGGGUCGGAUUUAUCUGAAAGAUAUCAUACGUAAGAAGAAACACCUAAUCAAAACAGAGAAACAGAUUAACUUUUUUGUUUUUUGAUAGAGGAUGAAUUUUAGUGAAAUUUUUAAAGUUUGCAAUUAACGCGUCGCUAAGCAUAUAACUGCGACUGAUAACUUAAUCGGAUGAAAAUCCGAUUAAGCGAAAAAUAGGAUUAAUGUAUCCAAUGGUAAUUGUCAUAGCGCAGAGUGAUUUGCUGAAUAUACCCCAACCGCACAAUAUUACUGCACAAUAUUAGUUUAAUAAUAGAUGCGACGAAUUUCUCAAAUGUCCAAAUUGUAAUGCACAUUUCAUAUCUCGUAUAUGUAUAAUUGCUCGACUACAGAGCACAAGAUAAUACGUAUUUAGAGAAAUCUAGCUAUCUGGAUAGUGAAUAGUUAAUACAAAUCUGGAACGGAAAGCAAAGGCAAAAUAAUACGGACGUGUAAAUCUAUCUUUCUCUUAUUUAGCUUGCCGAAAACUUACGUAAUAUCGAUUUGUCAAGCGAAGAACUUGAUUUGAUAUCCAUAUAAAUACGUAUCGUGAAAUCCGUCCUUCACAUUGCAAAAUCAAUAUAGCUGUAUAUUCGAACGGUUCUUCGAAUAUUAUGCUUAUUGAGCAGUAGUAUCGUGCACCAAGGGGCCACUUGCGUUUAACAAAGAUUAACGCACGGUGCACAUAUUUUUUUAUCCACAAACUGGCAAGAAAUGACGACUUGCUAAGGACAGAGUAGAUUUUACUGGUUACAUAGAUAUAAGUCUGUACACCACUAAAAGCCCAUGAAAACUAAUAUCGUCAGCAGAGGAAAACAAAACGUAGACGUUACUCCGAUUUUAUGAUAAAUAUAAUUAUACAUACAACACAAUUUACAAUGAGUCAAAUUUUCUUUCUAUUAAGCUGACUAAUCUUUAUAAAAGAUAUGCCAGCAUAAUUUAGCGGUGUGUCAAUCCAAUCAUGUAAUCAGUUACAUCUGCUGCUCUCUCUAUUAUUUUUGCCUAGAUACACGCUCGCAUUGUUCAGACUGAUGAGCGCGCGUUUCUGUUUGGAGAUGAUAGAGAAAUUUAUUAGCACUAAGUGUUUAUCGAUGUUGAGUGUAAAAUAAUCGCUAGCAUAUAAGUGUUACAAUAUACCAGGUGGAAAAGCAAGAAACGUGCCGAGUAGUUGAGAUAUUUAUAAAUAUUCUGCAAAAGAGAGAGAGAGAGAGAGAUCGUGAAAAUGUAAGUGCGAAUGCGAGUACGCGCGCGUGCGACAGACAGACCAGAGAGAGAUUAUUUUGAACGAGACAAAAGGCGAAACGUCUCGUUUUUUACAAUACAUUUAUGAUGAUGUAAUUAUAGUUGUGCCUACGCAACGACGAUGUGAAUUAACUAACAGUCGGAAUUGAAAGAAAGAUUUUUCUCCUCCGCCCUCUUUCAUUUUAUUUAUUUCCUUCCAGACUUUAUUUUCUUGCAGAAGCAAAAAUUGCACGUGGCAUUUUGCACGCACGAUUUGCGAAUUUGUGAAGUAUAACUCACUCGCAUGCGCGAGUAAUUACAACGUAGUAACGAAAUUGAUAUUUAUAAAGAUGGGCUACGUUUCUGUUGCGAGAAUCACGGUUCAUUUUACAAAUCUUACAGAAACGUACUAGGUACUAAGGAAAUUAAUAACGAAAGAUAUGCAUUUUUCCCCUGUGAAGCAUCCUUCACGAGAUAUUCGCGAAAAAUGCUUUCUCUGUCGGGAACAAUUGAAGCGCACGAAAUAAAGUGUAAUAUUGUAUUUGAAUUGAUUGGAUUUAUUUAUCUUAUAUUCCCUAUUCGUGUAUAAUGGCAAAAGAAUAAAAAUCGACAA